UACAUUUUGAAGCCUUCGCGUCACAUUUCGAUGAAACUAGAUAUAAAAUCACUAUUUUUCCGCUGUUUUCAGCUAUAUCAGACCCAUUAACGAACAAAAAGCUCUUGUCAAUAUCCUAGGAAAGUUACGACCAAAUUUGUGAAAGUUUUAUAGGAUUAGGUGACUAUUGUAUACAACAGAGGGAUAUGUUGAAACUUUUAAACAAACACUCGAACAGUCUAGUGUAACAAACAUUGGCUUAACCGUAUAAAUUAAUUCAAUCAAUGUAUUAAAUGUAAAUUCUGUGAUCUAAAAGUUGACCAGUAACCAAGGGCUUGGGAUUAUGUUGUAAAAGAAUUUUUGGUGGAUAUUUCACAGUGCACACAUUUAUGAUAUUAUAUUCACAAAUAUAAGUUUUGAUUUAAAUCAUGGAGAAAUGGAUAAAAGGAUUACGAAAAGUGAAAUUAUGAAAAUAGAAUUGAAAAAUGUGUUCAUUUAAUUAAAAAUAUAAGUAGUGUUUAAAGUUAAACUAAAUAGAGAACAAUAGUAAAAUAUUUAAUUUUGGGAAGAAUAAUUACAAAACAAACAACAUGUUGAAGAAAGCCAGGUUUGCUAAGCCACUUGGUGAAGUUAUGGAAAUAGAGGCCAUGGAGAAGCCAACAUCAGCCAAAUCCAAGGCCAGCACGUCUUCUGGUCACCGUGACAAUAGCCCACCAAAGUCAGCUGGUAGCAAAUCAUCAAAGAAAAGUCCCAGUCCGAGUAGAAAAGCCAAAAAUGUGUCACCGAACAGAAAAUCUGGUGGUGAACUCAAGUCUGCAAUGAGAAAGUCCAGCGGUAAAGAGAAGGGCAAGAAGAAAACAGUGGUUAAGUCCCCUGAUUUGACAGCAGACGGUCUUAAAAUAGUUGACAUGUCAGGCCAGGGGAUGACAGUUCUACCAUUAUCUGUUGUAGGAGCAAAAGAUACUGGGGAACUAUGUCUUGCAUCAAACAAUCUACGUUCUCUACCACCGGAACUUCGGCGCUUAACAACACUCACAAAACUUGAUAUCAGCCGGAAUGGGAUACGGUGCACAAAUCCGAAUGAUUUUAGUGGCCUUCCAACAGAACUUAAAGAACUUGUAAACUUAGUAGAAUUACGAAUUUCCGAAUGCAAUUUACCAUAUAUCCCACCAGCAAUCUGGCAAUUGGUACAACUCAAAAUUUUGGAUAUAAGCCGUAACAAGAUAAACAUGCUUCAACCAGAAAUUGGAAACUUGACAAAUUUGCAGAAAUUGAAUCUACAGCAGACGAAUAUUACAACUUUACCGCCAGAAAUUGCAUAUUGUCAGGAGCUUGAAGAAAUUUUACUUUGGGGUAACGUUAUUGAAUCUUUACCAGAAACACUUCCAGAAAUGCUUAAACUACGCACAUUAGCAGUCAACUAUCGCAGUUUUUGUGCCCAAGUGGAUUCUUUCCAAGAAUCUGAAGAAUUGCUACGCAAAGGGAAACUUACUUCAGAACAUAUUCCUCUAGUUGUGUUUGAACUAGCUACGCUUGAAGUGCUGGAUUUAGAAAACACAAAAAUUAACAAUAUUCCUGAUAUGAGUAACAUUUCACUGAGGGAACUGUAUGUUUGUAAAAACUUCCUUAGUAAAGUGCCACCUAGUCUAUUCAAUUUGAAUCAUCUGACAAUGCUGGACAUGUCAAACAAUCUGUUGAAUUUAUUGCCAGAAGACAUUGGCAGAGUUACCAGCCUUGUAAAUCUUCGACUAAGUAGCAAUCGUAUAGAAAGAAUUCCAGCUCGAAUCAGGGAGCUUGUUAACCUACAGGAAUUAAACCUUGCUGAUAACCGUAUCCGCUUCAUGCCAACAGCCAUUGGAGGGUUAAAAAAGCUGAAAACUCUCCUGAUAGAGAAAAAUGAACUCAGCUGUCUACCUGAUGAACUUUGUGAGCUUCAAAACCUUGAGACACUUGACAUCACAGAAAACCGUAUCACUGCUCUGCCAAUGAAAAUGCACAAAUUAAAAAAUCUUGUGACUGCUCAUAGCUUCAAAAGGCUGUCCAAGUAUGGUCUAUGGUUGUACAAGAAUCCCAUACAUCAACCGCCACCAGAAAUCUGGAAAACUGAUCAUCCUACAAAAAUCUUCGAGUAUCUGAAAAAACUCGCUAUCAUCAAAACAGAGAACCUUCAGCGGCAGAAAUUGUUGUUCUUUGGUGCCAGUGGGAGUGGCAAAACAAGUCUCAUCAAUGGUUUAAUUCACCGGAAAUCACUUAUGACCAGAGGAGAAGGCGAUAAAACACGUGCAUUGGUGCAGACGCCUUGGAAGACCGAGAACAAUGUAGAGUUUAUGAUUAAUGACUUCGGAGGAGACAGUGCUUACACUAUGAUCUAUCCAAUGUUUUCAGACACUAAAGGUAUGGUACUGUUGGUGUAUAAUCAUGGCUCGUACAGCACAGACACACAUUACAACGCUAUUGGUCAGUGGCUAGAAUUCCUGAGUGUCCACAUGCCUGGCGUGGUGGUCAAGCUAGUGGGUACACAUCUUGACACCUAUGAAGAAUUUGCAAUUGAAGAUGAAAAUGGGAACAUUUCCCAAACCCCAGACACACUUUCACGAACUUCAUCACGCUCAUCUAAGUCACCUCGUAGAUCUCAACUGUCAUUACAUUCUGGAAGGUCUUUACAAAGUGCAGCGAGUUCAACUAAAGAUGAGCCUAUGCCAAACUUAGAUUUGAAAGACAUGUCUUUGAAGGAAAUGUCUACGCCAACACCAAUAAGCAGGGCCAGUAGCUACAUUGGUCUAUCAAAGUCUGUCGAAGAACUGGUCAAAACAAAUGUUGAAAGACAAAUGCAACAAUACGCUCAACUUCUACAGCAUGAGUUUGAUGAGCUUGAGCAAAAAAUCAAAUCUGGUAGUGAUGGAAAGAGGUCUUCACAAUACAUCAAACAUUUACAAAUACAGAAAAAUCAACUGGAGUUUUUGAUUAACAAUCCUUUACGCAUAAUUCCCGACAUUUCCUUGGUCAGUAAUAACGAGGGAUUAUAUGGUGUGAGUAGCCUUAUAGAAAGCGUAGAACUCAUGGUAAUAGACAAAAGCCUAUUUCCCUUUGCACAAAGAUCUGUUCCUAAAAAGUGGAACAAAAUGAGACUGGCACUGAAGAAACACAAAGACUACUUCCUCCCCUGGAAGCAGGUCAUGAUGUGUGGAAAAGAAACGGAAGUAACAGCUGAUGAACUGACCGACUGUCUACAAUACCUCCAUGAUACAGGUGAAAUUCUCUGGUUUAAGGACAUACCUGCGCUGUCGAAGAAAGUUUUCCAAAAACCCCGUAUCCUUGUGAAAAUGCUCGCAUCAAUCUUUCGUCAUGACAUGGAAGCAUUCCUGGACUUUGAAGUGAACAAAGUUUUCCUGAGUAAAGGGAUGUUCAGCAGAGAAGACUUUGAGAAUGCUAAAUUGCUUUUCUUGAGAAACGGUCAAAUUUCCCGCCCACUCAUGAACUGCUUCUGGUUUUAUGAAGAGUUGGACUAUGAACAAUUCAAUAACCUUGUUGACCUUGCACCCACACUUGAUAUCUGUUAUUCCGUUCCAGAACCCACGUCACCAACAGGUUUGUUGUAUAGCUACCCUAUUGUAGUCCUUCCAUGGUAUAACCUGGACAAGGCGGGUCAAGACUUUGCUGAAUACUGGAAUGAGGCUCUGGCUGAAUUCAUCGAACCUGUCAUCACAAAUGUCACAUAUGUCCUACCACUUGGCCUACCAGCAGGACUGUUUGAAAAAUUGUCGUCUGCACUACAGACACAUGCUACCACAAGAAUUGAUUGGAAAGAUUCUAUUUUCGCAACUACACAAAACGAAAUCUUCAAGAUAGCACUAAGUGGGAACACCCAAAAGUCUGUUCCCGAGGAAGAUACUGGAGAUAUUCCUUUAGCAUAUCAUACAGAAAAUCUCCUUACCCUAACCAUUGCAGCAGCAACUGACAACAAAACAGGGGCAACAACUCUUCUCAAAGAAAUGACGAGAAUGAUCACUGACUUGCUAGCAAGGGCACCUGGGCUAGUGUGGAACUUAGAAGUGUCUGAUGAGCUCUGGUUCUCAUCAAAUGUACAAUAUGCUCUCAAAUCUGUACAGUUCUCAAAAUAGAACCAGAUAUAGUGCAAACUAAACUUUGUGUUUGUACAAAAAACGUAAAGUCAAAUAAAACAUAAGACUCUUAUAUCACAAAACAAACAGCAAUCAAGUGUCAUUUAUCAAAAAGAUGUUGAACUCUAGUCAUCUGAUAUAUGCUUUCAAAGCAAACAAAUGAAAAAUCAAGUAAGGUUGCAAUAAAUAUUUUUAUUGCAGGGUAUGUAUUUGGUAUGAUAAAAUUCCCUCGUAAUUUACAAGCAUAUCAUAUACAUUCAAGACCAUAAGUGCUCUUGUAGGACAAUUUAUUAGAUAAUAUAUUUAUGUGAUAUAAAUCAAAAUAACUGUUUUCUUUAAAAUGAUGUAGACAGCAUUUUCCUUCUAAGAUAGGAAGAUAGGCAUUAAUUAAGGAAAUUAUAUGUAAAGUUUAUAUAGAUUUCAAAGCUUAAAAAAUCAUAAUUUUGUGGGUGUUUUUUAUUGCCAGUUAUGUAUCUGAAAUUGGUAUCAACCAAAAAUAUAUGAACUUAUGACCUUUCUUUUUUAUUUUAAAGAAAUCGACUGAUAAUUAGGAACAAUAUUUUAUUCAAUAUUUCUCAUAUGAGUAAUGAUUAAAUUUAAAAGGUAAGACAGUAAGACAGUAAGACAGUAAGUAAGACAAACUUUAUUUAUAGUCGGUUAUGAUUAACAGUACAAAACAUAAGCUUUAAGCUUGUAUCCGACAUGAACAAAAUAUAGAAAAUAAUAAUAAGAAACAAAGAAACAAAAACAAACAGACACCAUAAGAUAAUAAUACAUACAAUUAAUUUAUAUAGUCAUUGUAAUGAAAUCUGAGCAUUUACAAUGAAAAUACAGUCAUAUCUAUUAACAGGGUUUUACAUAUAUACAGAUACAUAGUACAUAAUUCAAGGAAAAGACUAAAUUUAUUUACAAGCAAAAAACAGGAAUCAAGUAAAAUAGAACAUAAACGAUUAGAUGCACAUAGAGCAGGCACACUUGUCAUUACUCCAUGUUUCAAUUAGUCGUUUAAACUCAUUUAAGUCAGAUGUACAUCUUAGAUCAUUAGAUAAACUAUUCCAGAUUUUAGAUGCUUCAAAGCGAAAACUCUUUUUACCAUAAUUGGUUGU